UGUUGCGUCAUUGCGCUGCAGCUUUUACACGCUGUGGGGCUUCGUGUGGGUGUGGGAGCAACUUUAGAAAACAACGUAUCGACAAAGCAUUAAAAGUAUCACACGCUCGUGUACUUCUUGUCGCUUGGUUUAAUAUUUCUGAGAAAGUUUUAAACAUCCAAAGAUAUCAAGAGACGCUUCGGUAACAGUUUUGGUCCUCGCUCAGCUCUCAGUAUGUCCGAUGGGGACUAUGAUUACCUCAUUAAGUUUCUCGCUCUGGGGGACUCUGGGGUGGGAAAAACCAGCUUCCUGUACCAGUACACAGAUGGCAAAUUCAACUCCAAAUUCAUCACCACAGUGGGAAUAGACUUUCGAGAAAAAAGAGUGGUGUACAAAUCCACCGGUCCUGAUGGCACAGCUGGCAGAGGGCAGAGAAUUCACAUUCAGCUGUGGGACACGGCUGGACAGGAGAGAUUUCGGAGUUUGACCACAGCGUUCUUCAGGGAUGCCAUGGGCUUUCUGUUGCUCUUUGAUCUCACAAGCGAGCAGAGCUUUCUCAAUGUUCGGAACUGGAUGAGUCAGCUGCAGACGCAUGCGUACUGUGAGAAUCCCGACAUCGUUUUGUGCGGAAAUAAAUCUGACCUGGAGGAUCAGCGUGCUGUGAAAUCGGAGAAUGCUCGAGAGCUCGCAGAGAAAUACGGCAUCCCGUACUUUGAGACGAGUGCAGCGAAUGGUGAGAAUGUGAGUCAUGCCGUGGAGGUUCUGCUUGAUCUGAUCAUGAAGCGCAUGGAGAGAUGUGUGGACAAAUCCUGGAUCCCUGAUGGAACCGUUCGCACCAAUGGCCACAGCGCCACCGACCUCGCAGAGUCUCGGGACCAGGACCAGAGCAAGUGUGCCUGCUAAUGGUGUCAAUGAUGUCACUAUCUGUUAACAGUAAUAAACUUCCAUGUUUUGACUCAGAGAUUCGGCUUUAAGAACAGCGAAGACUCUCUGAUCUUUAUUAUUGCGUAUAAAUAUGUUUUUAGAUCAGAGAAUCUACGCCAUGUUAAAGCAGGAUAGUCACGUUUGUUUUUCUCUCAGAAUUGCCAAGAUUGUCACCACAUUUUAGGCCUUUGAGUGCUUUUUACUUCAAAUCCUUGAUCUAAAACCUGUAAUGGAUCAGACUAGAUGUGUAUUGAGGGUCUGAUCCCUCUCACUGUGUUUCACCAAACAUACGUGCACCAAUGUAGUGUUUAAUACUAGACCUGGACUAAAUACAUGCAGUGGGUAUGAGUGUAUAUUUCUCUGGGUCUGACACUGUUUGUAUACCAUUUGUCUGAAAAUGAGAUUUGAGUUUAUUUGACUGAAAAAAAAAAAGAAAAAAAUCACUUCUGGAAAUCGAAACUUCUUGUUUUUAUCACUGUGUGAGAGGGCAGUUUGUGCUUGUCUCUUAAUGUCACCAGGACCAAUUAAGUGCCUUUUUAAAAACAUUUUUUGGAAUGGUUAACCCAAAAUGAAAAUUCUGUCAUUUUUGGGUGAACUAUUUAUGAAGAAGAAAACUGAAAUCUAUUCACAAUCUAAUUUGUUGCCAGCUAGAUGAUAGCCGUUUAGUUAGGGGUGUUUGUGGCCUGAUGAUGAAUAGCAGCCACUUCAGUGCCACUUCUAACAAAUUUAUUGAACAAUUUUAAAUGCAUUACUUUGCUAUCUUUAUUCGUGUAGAUGUUUAGAGAAAUUAAGUGACUAUUUAGAUAUUAUCAUAUAUAUAUUUUGAUUAGUUGAUAAUAUUGUACAUUUGUUUAGACAUUCACCAGGUGAUGGUUGAUGGUUGUGGUGUCUCUGGAUCGUCUAGCUUUACUCCUGCAAUUAAUCAUGGAGUUUUUAUUUGGAAUAUAGGUUAGCUUAAAUCUUCCCUAAAUCCAUACUGCAAAUCAUUAUUGUACAAAUGUUCACCAAGUUCAAACUUUAUUUCUCCAAAAAGGGGUUGCAACAUGCCAAUAGGUGUUUGUUUUUUUUUUUU